AUGGGGAUAAAAAUUUUGAUUUCGUUGCUGAUAGGGUGCAGUGUAGUGUCGGCUAAGACAAUUUUUGUGGAAGAAGAUGUACUAGGCCCUGAAGAGAUAUCUUUUAUGAAGAAGUAUGGAUACUUGCCUGAGAAAGAAAAGGGAAUGGACUUUGCAUACACCCCACAUGCUCUUCAUACUGAGGCGUUAAAAAAAAUGCAAGAAUUUGCCGGCUUAAGUCCAACUGGUCACCUUGAUGCGGAAACUAAAAAACUAUUCAAAAGAAAACGAUGUGGAGUAAAAGAUAUAGAAACGAAAACAGAAACACAUCGAAAAAAACGCUACAUAUUACAACAAGGAUGGAACAAAAAAGCUAUCACCUACAGAAUAAUAAACGGUUCAAGCACUCUACAAAAGCCUCGAGUAGAGAAGCUCAUGGCCGCCGGGCUGGCGAUAUGGGCACCUCAUGGUGGUCUUAACUUUCAACAAGUGAACCACGACAAGGCAGAUAUACAAGUGUCUUUUGCCAGUAAAGACCACGGGGAUGGGUUUCCUUUUGACGGGCCAGGUCACGUGGUCGCGCACGCGUUUCCGCCUCCGCACGGGGCCAUGCAUUUCGAUGAUGAUGAACUCUGGGGAGAUAACCCAGAUGAAGAAGAUGAGGAUAUGACGGAUUUCUUCGCGGUGGCAGUCCACGAAAUUGGACAUGCUUUAGGAUUAUCUCAUUCCAAUGUGAAAGCGUCGGUCAUGUAUCCAUAUUACCAAGUACCUGUGGAGAAACUUCACGAGGACGAUAUUUUGGGAAUGCAAGAGCUUUACUUAAAAGAAGAUGUGCACAAUUCAGUAUCAGAAGAAAGCACUGAGAGUACCGUCGCAUCGCGAUCGUUCACCAUGGCGGAUAACGAUGAGACCGACGAAAACGACAUACCGGAUCUGUGCUAUACAAAUUACGACACGAUACAAGUGAUCCAAGGAAAGAUAUUCGUAUUCGAAGAGGAGUGGGUCUGGGUGCUGAGCAAUCGGAAGAAGAUAAUGGAAGGGUAUCCGAAGAGGUUCCACGAUGUGUUCAUAGGUCUGCCGCAGCACGUCACUGUUAUACGAACGAUAUAUGAGAAACAAAACGGUCACAUUGUAAUAUUCUCAGGUCGUAGUUUCUGGGAAUUCAGCAGUCGUUUCCGUUUGGUUCGACGAGGGAGACUCACGGACUACCGGAUCCCGCCGCAAGUAAUGGAGUUAACCACGGUUUUCCUUUCCAACUACAAUAAUAAAACAUAUUUGAUAGAAUAUGAGAGGUUCUGGAGGUUUGACGAAUCAACAGGAAAAAUGGACAAAGGAUACCCUAAAGAUAUGUCAGCGUGGAGAUACCUCCCGUAUCCGGUUGAUGCAGCUAUAAUAUGGAAAGGCGAUACAUAUUUCUUCCGCGGGCCCCGCUUCUGGCGGUUUGACAACACCGCGAUACGCGCGCACCCCUACUACCCGCUGCCCACUGCGCAAAUCUGGUUCCCGUGCAAGCCCACCCCCGACAUGAUGCGGUACACUACCAACGACGAGCCA